AUGUCUCAGAAGCUCAUUACUGUCUUUGGCGCGACAGGUGCGCAAGGCUCUUCGGUCCUCCGCAGUCUAGCUGCCAACGUAUCAAAGCCUUUCGCACUACGUGGGACUACACGCAAUCCUUCGAGCGACUCAGCACAGCGACUCUCUGCUCUCGGUGUCGAGAUCGUAAAAGCCGACGGGUGGGACAAAGAGUCCAUAGUCGCUGCCUUCCAAGGCUCAUGGGGUGCCUUCGUCAACACCAACAGUGACGAUCCCGUGUUCGAAGAUCCUCAAUUCACGAAGACAGAAGUCGAUCUGGGAAAGCUGAUAGUUGAUGCAGCUGUCGAAGCCGGCAUAGAGGUGUUCGUGUACAGUGGCUUCAAUAGCGCGAAGGAGAUUACAAAGGGUAAAGUUGCGAAUCCUGCGUUCGACGACAAGCACGCCAUUGGCGAAUACGCGAAAUCUACAGGGGCGUUUAAAGCUAUUGUGCUCGCGAGUCCGGGUGAUUACUUCGAAAACUUUCUCAGUCAAGAGUUGGCGCCGGUGUUUGGUGGCUUCCCUUAUAUCCCGUCUGCGGAUGGUACUCUAGUCUUUCGCUCACCGAAGUGGGGCGGCAAAGAGGAUGUGCCAUUCAUCGCGAUCGCCGAUGACUUUGGCGACAUCGUGCACGGAACCUUUCUCGAUCCGGAGAACUGGAAUGGCAAGUUGGUCCAGGGCGUCAGCGAUAUCAAGUCCUUUGAGCAGGCUGUCCAAAGUUUUGAACGAGCCACAGGCAAGAAAGGUCGCUUCGAGGAGAUCUCAAGGUGGCAGGACUUCGAUACCUACGGCAUACGCGCACUGGAAACGGUCAAGCUUAUGUUCGGAUUCUGUCAGGAGUCCGGCGGGCGUUACUACGGCGAAGAGACGGAGAACCAUACGGCAGCAGAUUUGAAGAAAAUCGCAGCCGAAGCUCGCGGCAGGUCUGGUCAUGAGACAAAGCUGCUGACACUCGAAGAGUUCUUCAAGAGUGAGUUUGCGGGCAAAUAGGUAGUCAUCCGACAUACGCCUUUGAUCGUCUUGUAGGUGUUAUGUUUGUACC